UUCAGAGGCGUUUCUGUCUGUUUGCCUAUAAAUGAGCUCUCACUCUUCUGUGUCUGGCACACUCUCAGCCAGAGCAGCAGCCAUGGCCAUCUGUUCAUCCUCUUGCUUCGUCUCCUUGCUGUUGAUCUCGUCUCUCUUGUUGGGUUCUUAUAGCUUAGUCUCUGAAGCACAGGAGACUCCGCCCUUGGUGAAGGGACUCUCUUGGACUUUCUACAAAUCGAGCUGCCCCAAGCUGGAAAGCAUUAUCAGAAGCGAGCUCAAGAAGGUCUUCAAGAAGGACAUUGGCCAAGCUGCAGGCUUGCUCCGUCUUCACUUCCAUGACUGCUUUGUUCAGGGAUGCGAUGGUUCGGUGUUGCUCGACGGUUCAGCCAGUGGCCCGAGCGAGAAGGACGCACCACCCAACUUAAGUCUACGCGCCGAGGCUUUUGAGAUCAUCAACAAGCUCCGCACCCUGGUCCACGAGAAGUGCGGACGCAUCGUCUCCUGUGCCGACAUCACCGCUAUUGCUGCCCGUGACGCUGUUUUCCUGUCUGGGGGUCCAGAUUACAAAGUUCCAUUAGGCAGGCGCGACGGGCUCGGCUUCGCUACAAGGAACGAAACGCUGGCUAACCUUCCAGCUCCCAGUAGCAAUACCAGCGUCAUUCUAACGUCAUUGGCCACCAAGAACCUCAACGCCACCGACGUCGUCGCGCUCUCCGGCGGCCACACCAUCGGUAUUGGCCACUGCACAUCGUUCACCGAUCGCUUGUAUCCCAGCCAAGACUCCACCAUGAACAAGUUCUUCGCCAAUCAACUCAAGCUCACUUGUCCCACGGCCACGACCGACAACACGACCGAUUUGGACAUCCGAAGUCCGAAUGUGUUCGACAACAAGUACUACGUGGAUCUCAUGAACCAGCAGGGGCUGUUCACCUCCGACCAGGAUUUGUACACCGACUCGAGGACUCGACCGAUCGUUACUAGCUUUGCACUGAACCAGACCCUGUUCUUCGAGAAAUUUGUGUACGCGAUGCUUAAAAUGGGUCAACUGAUUGUGUUGACUGGGACCCAAGGAGAGAUCCGUGCCAAUUGUUCGGCUCGCAACUCCGCUAGCACAUAUCUAUCAUCUAUCACCGACGAGGAACAAGGCGGGAGGAGCGCAGCGUUCUGAGCUUCUUUGUUUUUUGUGUGUUGAUCCCGCGAGGUUGACGUACUGAUGCUACAUGUUUCGCUUGUAGUCUGUAGGUUAUGGCUCAAGUUUUAAUGAAUAGAGCAAUAAAAGGAAAUUAACAUGGCUGAGAGGAGUUGGUAUGGCUUGGAA